GGGUGUGUUCAUUCCCUACAUUCAGUGCGACGUUUCUCGCUAACAGUUUAAGAUGGCGACCGUGCAUCUAAGGAUCGGGGAUCUGGUUUGGGGUAAGCUUGGACGCUAUCCACCUUGGCCAGGAAAGAUCGUCAGUCCUCCGAAGGAUCUGAAAAAGCCAAGAGGCAAAAAAUGUUUCUUUGUCAAGUUUUUUGGAACUGAAGAUCACGCCUGGAUAAAGGUAGAGCAGCUGAAGCCUUACCACCCCCACAAAGAGGAGAUGAUCAAGAUAAACAAAGGCAAGCGCUUCCAACAGGCUGUUGAUGCAGUUGAGGAGUACCUAAAGAAGGCCAAGGGGAAAGAUCAGACACACUCUGAUGACAAAAGCAAGUCAGAUAAAGGGCGUAAAGCAGCUAAACCAAUGAAGAUCAUUGAAGAAGAUGAUGAAGAUGCCUUCAAGGGUGGCUCGUCAGACAAGGAACAGACUGAUUCUGACCCAGAGCCAUCCUCUGUACGACGGCUGGUCGCUGGAACAGUAUCAGGAUUCAAAUGGGAGAGCAGUCCAGUAAAGGAUGACCCACAUUUUCAUCACUUUCUGCUCAGCCAGUCUGAGAAGCCAGCUUCAUCAAUGGAGCCCAUCACCAAACGCUUAAAGAUAAUCGAGGAGGACACAGGAUCAACGUCUAUUCAAGCAGCAGACAGCACAGCCAUCAACGGCAGCAUCACACCUACAGACAAAAGGAUAGGGUUCCUUGGACUAGGGCUGAUGGGAAGUGGUGUGGUUUCUAAUUUGUUGAAGAUGGGGCAUGUUGUGACUGUUUGGAAUCGCACGGCAGAAAAGUGUGUGAAUGAUUUUUCAGAAGGUGCCAGAUUAGGACGAACACCAGCAGAAGUUGUGUCCAUGUGCGAUAUCACAUUUUCCUGUGUAUCAGACCCAAAAGCUGCCAGAGAUCUUGUGUUGGGUCCUAGUGGAGUCCUACAGGGAAUCAGACCAGGCAAAUGUUACGUGGAGAUGAAAAUCGGGCUAAAAUCGUGCAGUGUCAUCACAUCCAGAGGCGGCAGAUUCCUAGAAGCUCCGGUUUCGGGCAGCCAGCAGCUUUCCAAUGACGGUAUGCUGGUCAUUGUUGCUGCAGGAGACCGCAGUGUUUAUGAAGACUGUAGCAGCUGCUUCCAGGCAAUGGGGAAGACGUCUUUCUUCAUAGCAGGGGAAGCAGGAAAUGCUGCACGAAUGAUGCUGAUCCUUAACAUGGUUCAAGGCAGUUUCAUGGCAACCAUCGCAGAGGGAUUGACCUUGGCGCAGGCCACGGGACAGUCACAACAAACAUUCUUGGAUAUUCUUUGCCAAGGACAAAUGGCAAGCACGUUUGUGGACCAGAAAUGCCAGAAUAUCUUGCAGGGCAACUUCAAACCUGAUUACUACCUGAAACAUAUUCAGAAAGAUCUGAGAUUAGCCAUUUCAAUGGGAGAUUCGGUUAAUCAUCCAACACCAAUGGCGGCUGCUGCAAAUGAGGUAUACAAGAGGGCAAAAGCAUUGGACCAGUCGGACAAUGACAUGUCUGCAGUCUACAGAGCUUAUAUUCACUAAUGCGUCCUGGACCACAAACCUCACCUACUUUGUUCCUCUCCCUCUGUCUUUCUCUCCUCUGCUGAUGAAUUUUGUUGGGCACCAUUGAUGUUUUCCCAUGUGUAAUGGGAUCUAUUUAGCAGCCUAAUCUAAGCAUUGCACUGACUGUAAUAUUGCUGCACAUAUGCUCAGUGGGAGGUUAUUAAACUCCCUGCAAAUGAUUAUCUUAUGAUUGAACGUGCAGUGUAUUAUAUCCGCAUUUCGUUAAGGCUACUGCAUACGAUGCAGUGUUGUUUGAAGAUCCUAGGGUUUUUAUUUAUCAUUCAAAUCUUUACAAAUGAAUUCCCACAUUGUAAUUUUCAAAGUUUAAAAAUCUGUAAAGUAUGAACUUUUGAUCACAAACAGGCUUGAGGAGCACGACGAAUUAAAAAGCCAAUGCAUUGCCUUAAUACCCAUAUAAGAUAGAUAGUAUUUAUUUUAUCUCUAAAGAUUGCCAUCAUGUCAGGUGCAAUUUGGCCAUACAUUUUCUUAACCCCCCCACCCCCCACCCUUAGUUUUAGAGGUCACUUGUUCACUAGUAAAUUAUUUUGUUUUUAUUGCCUUAUCAGAAAUGCAGUAUUUUUUUUAUUAUUUGAAAUUGGCUGUAAUAAUUACACACAAGAAAUUAUUCAUCAUUUCCAAUGAACCUAAUGCUGAAAAGCAUCCAGUAUUCCCAUUAUUGAGUCUUGACUAUCACUUCUGCAGUGGAACAUCCUGUUUUCCAGCGCGACUUUAGGGCCACAUUUGUAUCACAGCAUUUAAUUCUUUCAGCUGUUGUGGAGGGAAAAAAAAUAAUUUGAAGUUUUUUUUAUUUGGUUUGCUUUAUUUGGAAAAUUGGACUUGUCAUAUUUUGUCCAAGUCAGUCGGCUGGCAGAGUGAUCUGUUGCUUUUUAUUUUAUUAUUUUUAUUUUUUUGUCUAAUUAAACUAAUUGACUUGCCAGUUUUUAUUUGAAUUACCAUUAUGACUCAUAAAAAAAGAAAAAUGUAAAACAAAGUCAAGCUAACAUUAUGGUGCAUUUUAUCCCUAAAUUAUGAUUGCAUUUGUUAAUUUUUAGUGAUAUUACAAGCCAUAAAUUCAGUGGCGUAUAAUAUGGUCAUUUUGGUAAUUAUUAUUAUUUAUUUUUUUUACUACACAGAACAAAUACAGGGUGGUUCCUUUUCUAUAAAUUGUUGUUCUGACCAAAAAAAAAAAGACUUUAAAGUGCUUGGUUAUGGAUGAGAAUUUUGUGACUCUGUAAGAUUAAGACCUUGUAUAUAUCCCCAUCAAAGGGUUGGGUUAUUUGAAUACAUGGAAUAACAUGCUUUCAGUUUUACUCUACUGAAUUUAUUAAUCAUCUGUUGUCUUAAUAUUGUAGACUGUUCUUUUGUCUUAGCGAAUGGGUUUAUUUACUGUAAAUGGUUUGAUUUUUGUGGCUUAAACAAGAGUUGGUAAUGACAUACCAGUUGUGCAAGGAAGGUGUUGGUGUUAUAAUUGGAGCUAUUUAUAAUUUCAUGUAAAUGUGAAAUUUCUUUUCUUUUUUGUUUGUGCGGUCAACUGAACCCUCUAAAUAAACAAACAGAAUGUC